UGGGCAUAGCAGCCGCUGGCCACGGUCGGCGACUCGCGGCGGCGCUUCUGAGCCUACCGCCUCGGUUCCCCUCGGCUUUUCUCGUUCCCGGCGGCAUUCCUGAAGCUCUGCACGCCUUCCCCGGAGCAGCUGCGAUGCGCCUGAUCCAGAACAUGGGGACGAUCGCCGAGUACCCCCAGGCAGAGAACGCCAGCAGCGGAGAGAUCUGCGCCUCCGGCCGCCCCCGCCUCAUCAAGAUCGCUGUGGUGGGCGCCAGCGGGGUGGGCAAGACCGCCCUCGUAGUGAGAUUUCUCACUAAGCGAUUCAUUGGAGACUAUGAACGCAAUGCAGGUAAUCUGUACAGCAGACAGAUUGAAAUUGAUGGAGAGGUGUUUGCAAUUCAAGUACAAGAUACACCUGGAGUACAGAUGCAGAGACAUAGCCUGCAUUGUAAUGAACAGCUGAACAAGUGCCUUCGCUGGGCGGAUGCAGUUGUAGUCGUCUUUUCGAUUACAGAUUAUAAAAGUUAUGAACUCCUUGGCUGCUUCCACCAGCACAUACGGCAGGUGCACCCGGGAAAUCGAGUGCCUGUGGUCAUUGUAGCCAACAAGGCAGACUUGCUCCAUAUUAAAGAGGUGGAACCUCAACAUGGACUUCAGCUGGCCAGCAUGUUGGGCUGUAAUUUCUACGAAGUGUCUGUCAGUGAGAACUACAAAGAGGUCUUCUGUGCCUUCCACAGCUUGUGCAAAGAAGUCAGUAAGCGACAAACCAGUGGCACCCCGGAGAAGCGGAGAAGUUCUCUCAUUUCAAGGCCAAAGUCGCCCAACAUGCAAGACCUGAAGAGAAGGUUUAAGCAAGCCUUGUCUGCCAAAGUGAGAACGGUCACCUCUGUCUGAGAGAUGGAAGAAGGGUUUUCCUGCUGCCUCUUUUCAGUGGACAGUCCAUUAGUUCCAACUGUGGAACCUUCUGGGGACACCACGGCAACUGAAGCACGAUCCGAGAGAGAGAGAGUGUAUGUGUUCAGGGGAUAUAUGAAUAGUUGUGAGUAUAAAGCAUUGUGUAAUGGAGGAACUCCAGCAAAAACUUGAGUAAGUUCCUAAAGAAAGGAUACAUCACGUACUUUUAUGCUGAAAGCAGAACGUUUGACUAUGUCCGAAACGUUGCCAUAUUCUGUGAUGGAAUUAGGAUAGCUUAGUAUUUGCUAUCCUGUCACUUUAAUUGUAGAAGAAGAUAGGGAAAAGUACUCAGAGUGCCACCUUUUUAAUUGGAAACAUAUAUUCUUACGCAAUUGAAUUAAGACUGCUUUCUUUUACAAACCUCACUAGCCUUUGAUUUCUUUCUUUAGUUCACGAGGUACAAGUAUCUCUGUUCCUAUAGAGCAGUAACAGUCUUUGGUGUAAACCGUCUGGGCAUUAUUAAGGGACUCUGAUUGUGAUGAGACAUGCUGUGCCACAAAUAUUCAGUGUAAUUUUUACAACUGCAUAAAGUUUACUGUUUUGAGAUACUCUGAAGAUGGUCAGUCAUCUGAUGCAAUGCUGAGUUUACUUUCAGAUCAAUCCAUAUUAACUGACCUGAAUAUGGAUUGGACUUCACACUGUUUCAACUCACUUCUUUUUUCUGCUGCGUGGGGAGCAGGUCUUUCGUGGCUGAGCCGAAUGUCUAGCUAGGGCACAUGGGACAUUUCAACUGUUACAUAAAUCUGCCUUUUGUGAUUAAUUUGCCAAAUGCUGAACCAUCAGGCUUGUCCCAUAAAGCAAACCACAUUUAAAAUAAGAGAUGCAAACAUGACACUGAUGCAGUUUAACAAAAAGCAACACUGUGCUUUCCCCUUAAGCUGUAACUUAUUUAUUUUAUGUUGUUGGCAACAUUACCAGGAUACAAUGUCUGUAUUUUGUUUCAUCAUUAAAUUAAACAAUGUUUUCUCAAGAA